AGGGGAAUGGGAAGGGGAAGGAAGAUGGAGGCGGAGCCCUUGCUGGCUGCCCAGGGCCUGGGAGGGGAGAAGGCAGGCAAGGAAUCCGGCAGCUGAGCAAACAUCUGGUGCUGGCGAUAAGCGGCCCUCUCCCCAGGAGCCUUGGCUAUAAAGCCCACCACCAGCCCCUGCCUGAGGAAGACGCUUGGCCUCCUCCUCCUCCUCCGCAAAGAAGCCUACUUUCCUCUCUUCUGUCUGUCUCUCUUUGCUCUCCUUCCUUCUGCCCUGGCCAUGCAAGCGCUGGCCCUCCUCCCGCUGGCCCUCUGCGCCCUCCAGCUGUGUCCAGCUGUGCUUGGGGGCGCCUUGCAGCAGCAGCAGCAGCAGCAGCAGCCCAUGGUGCUGCUGGAGAAGGCCUGGCCCAGGUGGGCCACCCAGGUUGAAAAUUUUAGUUGGGAGAACUGUGGUCCUUCAUCGAACCCUGCUGGGAUUAAGAGUCUGUCUAUAGGUCCAGAUCCAGUUGUCAUCCCAGGAAAUAUCAGAAUCAGUGCAUCGCUUUACACCAGUGUAGCUCUCACUGCACCUUUGAAGGUUGUGGUCGUCCUGGAGAAGAGACUUGGUGAAAUGUGGUUAAAGGUCCCCUGUGUAGAUCAACUUGGCAGUUGCACCUAUGAAGACAUUUGUGCCUUACUGGACUCUGUUAUCCCUCCUGGCCAACCAUGUCCAGAACCGUUGCUGUCUUAUGGACUUCCUUGUCAUUGUCCCUUUAAGGCGGGUACUUACAACUUGCCUCAAUCUGAUAUCUACAUACCCAAAAUAGACUUGCCUGCAUUCCUUACCAAUGGAGACUACAAGAUUCAAGCUGUAAUCUUUAUGGGUGACCAAGAAAUUGCCUGCGUCAGGCUCUGCUUUUCUUUAUCUGCAGGGUUGCAAUGGUUUUGGUAAUCACCAUGCAAAUAUUUUGGGGGGCAAGUGCCAUAUUUGCUUCCUGCUUUUACUGUCCUGCUGAUAUUAAUACUGGGACUCACUUUGCAGCCUUAAGGGGAAGUAUUAUUGUUUUAAUGAUUGCUCCUUAAAUCAUUGGAAGAAACAACCAAAUACAAUGAAGAAAGGUUCACUUUCAUUCAAAUGUGUAUGUGUGUAUGUAUAUGAAUCAAAGGUUCACUCCUAAAUCACUGGGCGAGUCAACGUAAUACACUGAAGAAGGUUCACUUUCAUCUAUCUAUCUAUCUAUCUAUCCAUCCAUCCAUUCAUCUAUCCAUCCAUCUAUCCAUCUAUGUAUCUCAAAGGUUCUCUCAUAUUCAGAUGUCUGAGCAGUCGGAGUUCAUUAAUUGCUUAGGAUAUCUGUCCUGCAUGGGAAUGGAAGGGGUGGGUAAUGCUCAUGGAUCAAGUGCAGCUCCUUAGCACGUAACAUAUAGUAAUACAAUACACACAUGGUCUUUGCACAUAAUGAGACACAUGAAAUCCCACUGCAUUCUAGGUUCCUCAUAAUGGAACUUUAGGAGUAUGAGACAGAACAGCCUGAUCAGCAAUUCACCAAGACAUACAUGAAGGUAGAAGCCAGUUUCCGCUCCUUUGAGUCAUAACCUUGACUCAAGUCCUAGUACCUAGAACAGUGAUGGUGAACCUUUUACAGACCGAGUGCCACAAACUGCAACCCAGACCCCACUUAUUUAUUGCAAAGUGCCACAUACCUCUGGCUUUCUAGUAAGAAACUCUGGCAAACUCUGCUAGGGCUACAGCACGUGUGCCCACAGACAGGGCUCUGAGUGCCACCUCUGGCACGUGUGCCAUAGGUUCGCCAUCACUGACCUAGAACCUCACCCAUACCUAGCCAACAUGUUCAGGUGAGGUGGCUCAUUCAUCUUCUUUCAUGCCAAAUACUGGAUGAGCAGGCCAGUGCCCAUUUCAUCUCAUCUUGUGCAUCCAGAGUAUUGCUUUCCAAGGGAGGGGCAUUGGAGCCAAGCAAGACAAACAACACAAUGAGAGAAGAAGUUAGAGAAUGUUCUGUCUUCUAAAUAAAUAAAUAAUAAAAACUUUAUUUUUCUCUGUCAAAGAGAAAAUCGAGGCAGCUUACAAUUAAAACAAAGACAUGCAUUCCACAAUACCCCCCAAUUACCGUGGGCCCUUGCUUUACGUGGGGGAUCCAUUCCAGACCCCACCCCCGCAUAAAGCAAAAAAUGCGAUAAGCUUCAAUCCCAUUAUAUCCAAUGGGGCUCAUGCUUGCUGUGCAGCAACGCAGGCACCCUGCGGCCGCACACUCCAUUCACGAGCCCCAUUGGAUAUAAUGGAGCUCGUGCUUGCUGCGUGGGGCACUCGCCCGUUUCCCUGGCAGCUUCAGCAUAUGCUGAAAGCCGCCUAAAAGGAGCUUGCAUAUGGCGCUGGCUCACUGUAUUCCCUCCCUCCCCUAAAACACUAGUAGACACUUUAAUCAUUAAAACAAUAAAUUAAAAUAAUCAGAGACGGGUGAGUGGGGCUACAAAAUACUGAGAGAUGGUGGAUUCAAUUGAUAGCUGAGUUUCUUAUUCAGGAAAGGCCUGCCGGAAGAGAUCCAUGUUGACAGCCUUCUUAAAGCUGUCCAAACUGGUGAUAUGAUGGAUCUCCUCUGGCAGGCCAUUGCAUAAUCUGGGAGCGGCUGAAGAAAAGGUCCUCUGGGUAGUAGCAGUCAACUACCAACUUUUAAAUAUCCACUAUUUGCAAACUAGAGGACUUGCACUGCUAUUUCACAUACGCAGCUUUGUUUGGAACAUAUGCCUGUGUUUUUUGUGGGGUUUUCGGGCUAUGUGGCCAUGUUCUAGAGGAGUUUCUUCCUGACAUUUUGCCAGUAUCUGUGGCUGGCUUCUUCAGAGAAUGCUUGCCUGGAAAAUAGUUUGGUAUAUAUAUGCUGUGUGACCCUGGGAAGAGAGGAGUGAUUUGUAUGUGUAUUGUUUUGUUGCUAAUGGCAGGCCUCAGGGUGGAAGGAUAUGCAAAACAUGGUUAUUGACAUUCCUUCUUCUGACAGGAGUCCUAAAACUCAAGGGGAUAUUUUAUGAAUCAAUCAAUGUGAUUGUCUUAUGAACAUUGGAAGCACAAGUUAUCCAGAUUCAUUAAAACAUGAUGUACACUUACUGUGCCAUUUACUGACAAUUUGAGUACCUUGCAUUGUGUCCUAUGACAGAUAGCUAUAUCAUUAAUUUUUUUUCUACGUUCUUACCUGCUAUGAGGGUACAAACAAAUUGGUUGGUAUAUUUUACAUGUGAUGCACUGGCAAAAACCUGUUCCAGCUGGGGGGGAAAUCUGAUCACAACCCUUUAGAGUCUAACUGAUAGGUGUAAGAGUGAGUUUUUGUAGUGUUACUGAGUGGUUGGAGAUGAUAGGAACUUUUCCCUCUAAAGGAUUGAAUUUUAGGUGUGUUUAGGCUUUUUCUCCCACCCAAGCUUUUUUUCCCUCUCAACGAGACCUUAAACUUGUAUAUCAGUCUUUGUAGGCACUACAGAUUCCUGUAUUCUUACCAGUGAGAGAUAUUGUUGUACGUGUGUUGUCCUUGAUAUCAAUAACAUUAACAAAAUUUUGGAUUUUGGAUUUUAUCUUUUCAGGGGUUUUCAUAUAAUAUUUCUUAUUUUGUGCCAUUCCACUUGGUUUGAAAAUGGGCUAAGUGUCUUAUUUCGUAACCUACUGCCAUCUUCUAUAUUCAUUCUGUUCAGAUUGUGGCCCUCUCAUGUGUUUCAUAUGUUUCUAUGUCUUUUCAUCACCACUAAAUACCGUGUCUCCCUCUAAACCAAACGCUCAUCACAUCAGUUGCCGAGGCUACAGGAAAAAACAUACCAUAAUAAACUUUAUAGGGGACUAA